UCUUGGGCAGCUUGCCAAACGCUCGUAUAGAGGCCAGCCGCGAGGAAACUCUGCUUAUCGAUUACGCACGUAACACAUUUGCCCUCACAGCAGCGAAGAGCAAAUAGUUCCCGAAUUUCCAGCCAGCCAACCAAUAUUUCUGCUGCCGAAUGAUAAUGGAGAUGAUAAUGCGGCUGUAACUGGGACAAGAGAGAAACCAGACCGAAAGGAAGUGCCAGUCAAGAGGGGAAAACCACCAGACACAGGAGGAGCAGCGCACAGGACCAUCCAGUGACACCACCCGAGUUCAAGGAACCAGCGAACAAUGAAUCCCUACACUGCAGGAGGCGGAGGAGGUGCCGGUGGCGGGGCAGCCAAUCCCUUUGGAGCAUCCGUCGGAGGAGCGGGCUAUGGCCAGCAGGGCUACGGCUACGAGCAGCAGGCAACAGGUGGCUACGACCAGGGAAUGAACUUCGGCAAUCAGCAGCAGCAGCAGCAGGGAUACGGACCUCCUGGAGCCAGGCCAAGAGUGGAUGUGGAGGCCAGCGGAGAGGUGGAUCCCAGUCUCUAUCCGGAGGCCAAGGAGUCAACGCACAAGGUUCGCGGCCACUCGGACAUUCUGGAGAUGUUUUUCGGAGCCAGCACGGAGCGUGAACUGAUUCCCGUGAAGAGCUUCUACUUCUUCUUCUACGCCGCCUUCGGAUCGCUGUUUCCGCUGAUGGGCGUCUACUUCAAGCAGAUGGGAAUGAAUCCGGGUCAGUGUGGCAUCCUGGUGGGAAUGCGGCCCUUCGUAGAGUUCUUGUCGGCCCCGUUCUGGGGCUCUUAUGCGGAUCGUUGUCGGCAGGGUAAGCGGCUGCUCCUGGGCUCACUGGCCUGCUGGGUGCUCUUCACCAUUCCGCUGAGCUUCAUCCGACCGGAGGCCAUCAACUGCAUUGAGCGGCGCAAUUCUACGGACUUUGUGCUAACCUACACGCGAACGAAGCGAGAUCUGUCGGUCAUGUAUGAGCCAGAGCAGAUGGACCUGGGAACUGGAACCAUGCCAGCGAACGAGGCUCUGGAGGAGGCGGAGGCGGCCCACAGCAGGCACAAGAGAUCCCUGCUGCUGCCCAGGAUCGAUGCGGGCAUUUCGCCGGUCCACAUAAACUUUGUGAGCAACUACGACGACAAGUACCACAGGGACUAUGUCACGCCCAUCUUCAGCUCGAUGGUCUACAGAACCCCGGACAUCCAAAAGGCGUUCUUCCUGCUGCUGCUGGUGAUCCUCAUUGGCGAGUUCUUCAGCGCACCGGCGAUCACCUUGGCGGAUUCGGCUGUGAUAACCCUGCUGGGCGAGGAUGCGGACAAGUACGGUCAUCAGCGAAUGUUCGGCUCCCUAGGCUGGGGCAUCUCCAUGUUCCUGGUGGGCAUUGCCCUCGACCAUUCCACCUCGUUCUCGAAUCACCCGUGCGGAGCUGGCAACAAGGAGAAGAACUACAACAUCUGCUUCUCCAUCUUCUCGGUGCUGAUGACCUGUGCGAUCAUCUCCGCUUCGAAAAUCACCUUCAAGUACGAUCCCAUCGAUGAGCAGAUGGCGGCACAGCAGCAGGCGCAGUUCGUGGAUCCCAACAAGCGGGCCGAGGAGGAGUCGAUGAACCAGUUGGCGGCCCAACUGAAUCUGCCCUCGCUGGCCGUUGGUAGCGGCAGUGCCGCCUCGGGUGCCUGUGCCGGUGGCGUCAGUAGCUUCCUGGCCGCAGGCCAUCAGCCACAGCCGCAUAUUGGUGCCGAGUCCAAGGUGUUCGCCCAGACGGCCAAGGAGUUGCCCGAGUGGAUGACCGUGCUGACCCACUUUAAAGACCUCAAAACCGCUUCCUUCCUUUUCGUAGCCUGGUUCAUGGGCUUUGGCAUUGGCUUGAUAUUCACCUUCUUGUUCUGGCAUUUGCAGGACUACGGUGGCACUCCCACCCUGUUCGGUGUUGCCUCAGUGAUCAAUCACGUGUCCGAGAUUUUCGCCUACUUCUUCAGCUUCCGUCUGAUCACCCAAAUCGGUCAUGUCAAGGUCUUGUGUCUGGGACUAAUUGGGAAUGUGCUGCGAUUCCUUUACAUUUCGUAUCUGACCAAUCCGUGGAUGGUCUUGCCCUUUGAGCUGAUGCAGGGCAUAACCCACGCAGCUGUGUGGGCAGCUUCCUGUUCUUAUAUAGCCCACAAUACGCCCAAGCAUCUGAGAGCCUCGGCUCAGGGCGUUCUCCAGGGCAUCCAUCACGGAUUGGGGCGUGGCUGCGGCGCCAUCAUUGGCGGCAUGUUCGUCACCUACUACGGUACUACUACUACCUUCCGCUGGUACGGCAUUGCCUGCCUCUUCGUCCUCGGCUUCUUCAUCUUCGUCAACUUCUACCGCAAGGAGCAGGGCUUCAUCUCGGAAAUACCAGUUACUGAGGAUCCGCAUCAGGUGGCCGAGGAGACCUCGCAUUUGGCUCCCCACGGCGUCCCCAGCAAUCCGAUUCCCAGGGCACUCUCCAAUUCGCGGCUGAACGAGAUGAACCCGAACGGAGGACCGUACGGCACCUACCAGACCACUGGCGGCAAUCUGGACAUUCCCGGAGGCAACCCGCACAAUCCAUUCGCUCAGUAAAGGGGGACUCACCCAGCCCAUUCCUCAUACUCACAGAACUAAAACGAACAAAGUAUAACCGCAAACAUAUCUUGGACAUUGGCCUGCAAUAUGAAUUGCAUAACUGCAUUGCUUUAUUUUGAUUUGUUGGGCAAUCAACAUACGAUCUACACAUAGCAUAGCAUAUACAUAUACACAUAUAUUUUAUAUAGGACAUGCCACAUAGCCAGCAUAAAGAUUUCGUAUGAGUUAGAUUGGUUACCGUCGAUGGAGAGUGGGGGAAAUCGAAACGAAUUUUCACAUAGCAGCUUAGCAAUAUAUACAUAGGGCAAUAUAUAUGUGAGUACGGAUAGAUGUAUAUAUAUAUUGUGCCGAUCUAUAAUAUUUAUAGGCCUUUUUAUAUAAGUUGCAUGUCGCCGGGCGAAGAUCACUCUCCCGGCUUUAGUCUUCAGUUUAUGAACAUGCCGAGUUUGUUGCCUGCUUUUGGGCGAUCAGCAGAGCAAAUCACUCAAACGCAUGGGUUAACCCCCGAAUCACACAUAAAGUACCUAGACAACUAUGCAAGCAACCUAAUCAGAGAUUGAAAAUAAUGGAGCACCAAUAGACGAUGUGAGUACGGGGCGUUCCAAGGCUACAGGACAUCGGGAAGCAGCGGGAGCUGCUUCGUUUAGCCGCAGUUGAUUAUGACUUGAUGUUCACUAUACUAUUUUAUAGUAUUAAUUUAGAUUAUCCCUUGUCCUAUGGCUUUGAAACGCAUCGUAUGGGUUUCCCAAUAAGUUAGGGGAGUUUCUUGUAAAGAAAAAACUAAAUACUAAUUUUUAAAUUAAUUAUUUUACAAUUAAAAUAUGUUGCGAAGAGGAUACAAAUUGAGUUCUUGGUUUCACAUGUUUAAAAAAUUUAAGAACUUCAAUAUGUUACAAAUUUGAGCAGACACUGUCAUUCCCAAAAUUGUCCUAUGCAAUAUUACAUAGAAACCAAAUUAAGUAAUUUAAAGGAACAUGUACUAUGGAAUAUAAAUGUAGUUGCAUUGAAAAUCCAAUUUAACUAAACUAAAACAUAAAUUAAUUAGAGAUGAGAACAAGAACAUUAAAGCAAAAAUUUAAACCAAAUGGUAAACAAAUGUUGUAACGAAUGAUAUUAUGGAAAACCGCCUCAUUGCAAUCAACUGUUGAAUAUUUUAAUUUUUACACAAAUAUACUAACAAAAUGACAUAUUUUGACAUACCUAAGGAAACAUAUAAAAUAGAUAAAUAUGAUAUACGUUUAUAUAGUAUAUGAAAGUUGACGCACCAAAGUGAAAAGGCAAACUAAACUGUAUCUGUACCUAAGAGAUAUUUUUCCUGAUUUCAGCUCGACGAUAAUGUAAGCUAAUAUGGCAAAUCUCUCGCUCGAUAUACAUAAAAAUAUUAAAUACUGUAAACAUUAUUAUUAUAUAUUGUUAAUAGCAAUUUCGAUUGGAUAUUUUCUAGUAACGAUACGCUAGUUCUUGUGUACAGCACCGUAUUUGUGGACAUUCUUGGGAUAGAUGAACCUUAGUAUUAUGCAUUCUGUACAACUGCACUCACAGUUAUGUUUGUUGAGCCGAUAUUUAAAACUCUCUCUAUAAAUAUAUAUAUAUUGAAAAAGAAAUACUCAUAUACGGCAUAUACACUUAUAUAAGAAUGUACAAGUAUUAUACACAAUGCGCAUACAUAUGAUACAAAGCAUACAAUACCCAGCCCAAACCCGAGAGCCCAAAACGACAAGUGAAGUAGACGGAAAAGCAAGAAAUCAUGUAAUUAUGUAUGUUUAAUAAAACGUUUAACAACCGAGUGAAGUCUAAAGACAAAGGCACAAAUUCUUUCGUCAA